CUUUUCCUUACGGGUGUAAAAUACCAUCAACUAAUGUUUCGUGGUUGCAUCAGGUUCCGCACAUUUUAGUAAUAAUUCAACAUCCAAAUCCAAUUCAAAAGACAGUCUGCUCAGAUCUGGCUCUGGACAAAUGCGACAGUCGCAAUUUAGUUUCAUAGAGGCCGAUCUGGUGGCCACACCGUCUAAUGAGCUAGCUUUCGCCAUCGACUCUCCAACUGCUAUCCAGCCGCGAAAAAAAUCGAGCUUGCCAAUGCCACCGCCUUCAGCCUCCAUAGUUACUUCAGAUCCACCGGUAGCCUCACCUUUAAUAAGACAGCAAGAUUAUGAGCGUCAGAAAGUGAGCAGUGAAAGUUCUUUAAAGCGGAUACAGACAGAGACAAAUCGACAUAUCUCUAGCCUCAGCGCAAUUUUUGAAAACCAAGGCAAGGCGUAUAGGCAACUGGAGCAACUAUACAAUACACUGAGAUCGCUGGAGCUCAAAGAAGACGAUUGUUUGGAAGAAGAAGAUUUCGUGCGAGCCGAUGCCGUCCAUGCCGAUUGGGAAAAGACAUCUAAGCAAAUACAUUAUAUUGAAACCGAAAAGCUGAACGAACUCAACCAUGAUUUUGAUAAGUCAUGGAGCAGCUUGAGCAAACUUAUGCGGCAGGAGUCUGAAGCAGCUGCCAAAGCUGCUGAAGCAUGCGUUGUGGUCAAGGAAGCAAGGGAGAGGUCUUUAGAACAAUAUGUAACCGAUACAAACAAUCUACAGCGACAAAAAAUGAAAGAAAUUAUGGACCUACGUGCCAUGAUUGAUAAGGAAAAAAGUGAAAACGCGUUCGACUAUGAAAUGUGGGAGAAGGCUGAAUCAGAGUACCUGGAGAAAGUGGAUGACCUGGUACACGAGGAGAAGAAAGACAGAGAUUCAUGGUACAAUCAUCAACAGGAAAUCGAGUCGGAAAUAGAGGAGCUAUUACGAAAGGUCAAUGAGUUGAAACAGUCUCGAGACGAAUGUGUGGAAAAAAUCAAGCAACUGGAUGACACCAUUGAACAAGCCAUUGCCGUCCAUGGUCCUGAGAAGGAAACCUUGGGCUAUGAACUUAAGCUUGUUGUGAAACGGAAGGCUGAUAUUGAUGCAAGAUCCGUACAGAUCGAUGAGCAAGAAGGUAAACUGCAGCGGAUGCAAGAGAAGCAUGACAAGGAUACUCGUAGACAAGAGAGCGAAAUUGAAGCGCUAGGACAGAAAAUUGGCGAGUCCCGAGACCGAGCCAACAUUGGUCAAGAAGACGCUGACGAGAUCGAUAGGAUUAUGCGGAAUCUUGUUAGCGAUUUCGAAAAACUCGUGGAGCCCAAAGUUGCUGAUCUGGCUAGUCACCAGAGACAGAGUGAUGAGCAACGCAGUAAGGUGGAUCGACUAUCAGCACAAUUGGUUACUAUUAAGUCUAAAUUGCAACGACUGAGCAAAGACAUUAUGAUCGUGGAAGCACAACUGCCUGACUUGGAGGAACAAAAAUCUAUGGCUGUGGGGGGAAGAGACUUCAAAAUGGCAGCCAAAAUGUCGUCCAAAAUCAAGAAUUUGAAAGGUGCAUUGGAGCAGUCGGUCGUACAGAAAGGCGAGCUGCAGCAGACAGUAUCAAAGGCUGAUUUAGAGCUUAAGGAUGCUCGUCAAACGCUUCAAGACAUGGUUCGCCAGCGAAAGGAAGCCGAAAGGACGACCGGGGAAGACAUUUUACAAGCCAUACAACAGUGUCGACAGAAUUUAAUAAUUGCUCGAGAACGCCUAUCUGGAAACCAAUACCGUCUCCAUUCACUGUUAAGUAGUGAAAUAACGAGUUUGGAGAAUCGUAUAAAGUACAUCACCACCAAAUUUGACAUCUCCCCUGAUUUGAUUGGGGAGCUGCAACGACGUAGCAGCAAAUCGUCAUUGAGGUCCAUUGCAAGGUCUGCAAGCAAGGACGGCGAGCAAAGCACAGCGACAUUGGAUGAGCUGGAAGGAUUAUUACAGCAGGCUGUAGACGAUGAGGAUUAUGAGCAAGCCGAUUGACGAACUAAACAACAAU